AUGUCCGGUGGCGGGCUUCCGGUGGCGGGCGUCCGGUGUCGGAUGUCCGGUGUCGGAUGUCCGGGCUCGGAAGCCCAGUCUGGGAAGCCCGACCUCGGAAACCUGUCCUCGGAAGCCAAAAUCCUGUGGCCAGCCGACCUGCUAUGGAUGCAAUUCCUGAGUGAACACAGCCUGUCGGCCAACCCGCUGUGUAUGCAGAUUCCUGAUCGACGCCUCGAGAUCCGCGCCGGCUUCGAUCGUGGCACCGUUGACCGUCGACUCGACACCCUCGCCGAGAAGGUCCGCGCCCUGGAGGCCUUCCGGGGUUAUAUCCGAUCCCGUCUCGACACUAUCCAAAACGAUUCCUCCGUCCAGGCCGCCCUCGACGUCAUCGAGACCCAGCUCUCAUACGUUCUCGAGCAUAUCCGCUCCACCCCAUCCAGCUCGUCUGCCCAUCCCUCUCCGCCCCUCCGCGGGUCACGCUCUCCUUCCGACGCGACGCCCGCACCUUCCGCCCCCUCCGCUUGA